AUAUAUAUAGUUUUAAUCUUUUUAGUAAUUUUAUUUGCACCAAUUAUAUAGUUUGAUUUUAUGCAUAUAUACAAACUUAACAAAAUUCAUGAUUAACUCUUAUUUAUAAUAAUAGUAGUCAAGUCUUUGAUUCUACCCUGCUCAUACUUUGCCUUGAUAUCGAUCACUGACGAUCAUAAUUUGCAAAUGGCUAGAGCUCUCACUACAAUUUUCAUCACCACUAUUAUGCUAGUGGCUUUCCAAACCAUAUCAGUUACCGCUAAAUCAAAGAAAUGUAAGCAAGCAUACGACUUAUGUGGAGGUGAUACCGGAAAAAAAUGUUGCAAAGGACUAAAGUGCAUUACUAAAGAUGAUUCUCCGGACGAUGAAAUCGGAAAGUGUAUACCGAAAAGUACAAAAUGUAAGAAGGCGUACGACUUUUGUGGAGGCAUUACAGAAGCAAAAUGUUGCAAAAAAUUGAAGUGUGUACGCACAGAUGAUUUCAAAAACGCGAUAGGAAAAUGUAUACCAAAAAACCCGAAAUGUAAGAAGAAGAACGAGUUUUGUGGAGGCCUUGCCGGAUACAAGUGUUGCAAAGGACUACAUUGCAUACUGCUAGGUGAUUUUCAGCAUGCUGGUGGAGUUUGUAAGAAAGGGAAAUUGUGUAAGAAAAAGGACCAAUUUUGUGGUGACUUCACGGGUGUUAAAUGUUGCAAGGGACUUAAAUGUGAAUUUAAAGAUGAUUUCUCGGAUAUUGGAAAAUGUAAGCCUAGACACCAUUAGAAGCACGAGUUUAAUUUGUUUUACUUUUGGUAGUCAUAAUAUCGACACCCUGUCUUCAAAAUCCUGGAUUCGCCUAUAUUGGACAUGUGCUAGUAAUCAUGUUUUAAAACUAAGAAUUAUAAAUUUUAAUGACAAAUGAAGUAAUGAUCAACAACUUAACAUCUGAA